AAGCUCAGGGUCAGUUUUAUCUUCCUUUAUUGCAAAACAACAAUGAGUAAGGGAAUUUAUCCCUCACUAUAAAAAAGAGAUGCAUUAACACACAGAGACUGAAGCUACAUACCUGCUCCAUAAGCCAUCUUUGAUAACAGCUUUUUGACUUUCACACUUAGUCAGUGAAAAGAAGAUGAAGUGCAUCGCGCUCUUUCUUGUGUUGUCGCUGGUCGUCCUCAUGGCUGAACCCGGAGAGUGUAUUUGGGGGAUGCUUUUCAAAGGAGCCAUUCACGUCGGCCGAAUGAUCCAUGGUCUUAUCAAGAGGAGACGCGGCGAGACCGAGGAGCAAGCGCUGGAACGUGUGUUUGAGCGAGAGAGAGCUUUUGCCUGAGUCUAAGACGGUCCAACUGAAUGAGCCACUCUGAAACUUUGUUUUGGAUAAAAGAAAUGCUUCUUGCUUUUUAACAUAACAAAAAGAUCUGCCUCACUGCCAUUCAUCAUGUCAUUUUGAAUAAAUAUGCUAUCUGCAAUGCGAAAAAGUA